AUGGAUAGUUUCUUGAGGGAAUGGAAUGUUGGGAUCAAGGACCAGAGAGAACUCUUUCUUACCAUCUCAAAUGUUUUGACGGAAAAUAAAAGCUCGGCAAAGGAUUCUUUCAAAUUUCUGACCAAGUAUCUGGCAACUUUUUCUGGUGAAGAUGCACAUACAAUGGGCGAAGCGAAGGAAGAAGCUGUACGCACUAUUAUUGAAUUUGUUAAGGCACCUGACAUGUUUCAGUGUGAUUUGCUGGAUAUGCCCGCUGUGGCACAAUUGGAAAAAGAUGCUAAAUAUGCGUUGGUAUACCAACUUUUGAAGAUCUUUCUGACUCAGAGGCUGGAUGCAUAUUUGGAUUUCCAGGCGGCAAAUUCUACUUUACUUAAAAGCUAUGGUCUUGUCCAUGAAGAUUGUAUAGCAAAGAUGAGGCUGAUGUCAUUGGUGGAUCUUGGCUCUGAUGAAUCCGGCCAAAUUCCUUAUGCUCUAAUUAAGGACACUCUCCGGAUUAAUGAUGACGAGGUGGAGUCAUGGGUAGUUAAGGCAAUUGCGGCAAAGCUAAUUGACUGUAAGAUUGAUCAGAUGAAUCAAGUUGUAAUUGUGAGCCACUGUGUUGAGCGCGUGUUUGGGCUGCACCAGUGGCAAACCCUCCGAACAAAGUUAGCAACAUGGAGGGCUAACAUCUCAAAUGUAAUUAGUACCAUUCAAGCUAACAAGGUGACUGAAGAUGGGACUGGGCCAAUGCAAGGUUUGUCGAUACGCUAA